GUUUUUCACUGGGCAGGCAGAGCGGCCAUUUUGGAGAUUGUUUCAUCCACAAAAAAGUUAUGCACCGAAUCUAAAAAAAAACGUAACGCUGCGUCCGAAAUUAAACAUAAAAUCCGCUCGUGCUAUUUGGAGCGUUGUGCAGUCCGAUGUGAAGAUAAUGCUGGGCCCGAGCAGACCGACAGUUCCGAUUCUAUAACGUCUAAAAAAGUUAGUGACUAUCUUCCAACACGCACGCAUGUACGCCCGUGUGUUUACCAGCCAACAGCAGUAGAAGAGUCCAAGCCAACCAUGGAUCCCAACUCCAGUCCCUGGUCGUACGCCUACAACCGCAUCGUGCCCGCCAGUGCCGGCAGCUCUGGAGGAACAGCAGAGGACUUCCAGCAUCCGCAUCUGGCCACCAUCACAGCCGCCAGCAUCGCCAGCUUCAAUGCGGCAGCCGCCAGUGGUGGCAGCUUUGUGCCUCCGUCGCCGAUUGGCAGCUACAACCCAGUAUUCCAGCAGAUAUACCACCAUGCGGCGGCGGCCAGUGUCCAGCCGAAACCCGCCCACUAUGCCUCGUCGGCGGUUAGCACGCCACAUCGCCAGCUGCAGCUGCCCAGCUCGCUGGACAAGCAGCUUAGCUCGUUCCAGAACCAGGCGGCUGUGUCGGCGGCAGCGGCCGCUGUGGUCAAUAAUGUGGCCUCGAAUUACUACGGGGAGAAUUCGUCGUCGAGUGGUGCGUCGCCUUCGCCCACAACGGUGGCGCUGACGUCGACGUCGCUGACCUGGAACACGCCGAACAUGAUAUCGAACACCUUCCUGGCCAUGCAGCAGCAACAGCAACAACAGCAGGCGCAGCAGCAGCAGCAACAGGCCCAACAGCAACAGCAGCAGGCGCAGCAGCAACAGCUCAACCUGGUGGCCGACAAAGUGCAGAUUAAGCAGGAAAAGCAAUUAAAAGCCUACAACGACUCGAUUUACCUGAUCCAACUGCAACAACAACAGCAGCAGCAGCAACAACAGCAGGCGGCGCAGCAACAACAGCAGCAGCUCCAGCAGCAACUGCAGCAGGAGAUCGCCGAGGCGGAGACGGAACCGGACACCUAUUACAUGAUUGAUGGCCGAAAGGUCAAGGUGACGCGCAAGGAUGGCCAGCCGUUCCGAGCGACAAUAGUCGAGCAGCAGGAUGGCAGUCCGGUGCCGCUGGCAGUGCCAGUUCCGGCGGGAUCCUAUCCGGCGCAAUAUGCGAGCCCGGCGUUGAGCUCCGCAGAUGGAUCGCCCAUCACGAAUUUACAUGCCGUGGACGUGGUCAGCACACCGCAGGCCCAGGUGAUCGUCUACAAGACGGCGUCCCCGGUACAAAGGCGGUCGGAGGCAGGCGCUGGAUCGUCUGCGACUGCCACGCCCACCACUGUGGCCUAUUCAUCUGUGAUACAAAGCACCCUGCAGCAGCAGCAACAGCACCAGCAGAACCUUUGUUGGACGAAGCUGGAGGACGAUGGAGCGGGGCAGGAGGAUAUUAAGAACGUGCUGCAGCUGCAGGUGAAGCAGGAGCAGCGCCAGCUGGACUAUGCCAACGAGGCAUCGACAGUAGAUGUCAGCGGUGGUGGCGAAAAUCUAGUUUUCAACCUGCCGCCUGGGCUGGAGAUUAAGCAAACCUUCUAUCCCGCGGGCGUGGUCGAUGGGGAGCAACUGCAGCUGCAGGAGCACAACCAGAACCAGACCCAAUCCCAGUCCUCCGGGCGGCGCCAGCACGUGGUGGCCAACAUGAUCAUGUCGCCGGCGGCGGGCAACUUAGCGUCACAGAUUCAAGUAGUGCCAAAGGAGGAGGUGAAGCCGCCGCCGAAGCCCGCGAAGACUCCGCGCAAGCGCCAACCGAAGAAAACGCUCAUCCCCAGCAGCAGCGACUACGGCAAUGUGCGCAGUCCCCAGGAGCCACAGCAUCACCAGUUGCAGCAGCAACAGCAACAACAGCAGCAGCACAAUCAGCAACAGCAGCAGCAGAACACGUACUACGACUUCAAUAGCAAGUGGAACACUCCGCUCAAGACGGAAAACAAUGCGGCGUCCGUAUCGCCGGCGGCCACUAUCAACAUACCCACAUAUCCGCAGCAGAGCCAACAGCAGCAACACCAGCAGCAGCAAGCGCAGCAGCAACAACAGCAGCACUUGCCGCAGCCGGCCCACCUGCAGUCCUCGCAGGCCCAGUCGCACUUAACCCAGUUGGCGCAAUACUAUCCAGCCUUCCCCCAGCCUAUUGCCUCCCAGUACACGGCCUGCAUGCAGCAGCAGCAACAGCAGCAGCAGCAACAACAGCAGCAGCAACAGCAGGCGGCCUACACGCAGCAGCAACACCAGCAGGCCUACACGCAGCAGCAGCAGCAACAGGCGCAGCAGCAACGCCAGGAGAAGAACGAGGCCACACAACAGCAGGAGGAGGAGGCGACGGCGGCCGCAGCGGCGGCGGCAGCAGCAGCGGCCAGCAACAAGGUCAUCGUGCCGAACAUCGAAGAGGAGCUGGACUUUCUGGCCGACGCCACAGCUGCACCGAAGCAGGGAUAUUCCAACUCACUGUCCAGCAACGGGCGCGGCACCAACUCCUCCACGAAUAACACCAACUUUGGCAUACGUAAUCCGAACAAGACUCCUUCUCCGGAGCCAUCGAACUGCCCGCCCAAUUCGCAUGCUGCCAAUAAUGGGCAUGGCCAUUCAGCGGUCACGCCCGCGACGCCUUCGACCAGCGGAGCCAGUGCAGCCACGACGUACAGUCCAGCUGCUCCCAAGCCCGUCAGCGUGGGCACGCAGAUUGGGGAGAAGAAGACUCAGUUCAUGGACAGCUAUCUAAAGUUUCUGCAGGGCGAGCGGGACGACGAUCCGCCACCGGUGGUGAAGCCAUCGCGGAAAUUAAAUUACCCACGAGCUCCGUACAAGCGGAAAGGCAAAGGUUCUGGGAGCGGUGGCGACGAGCCCACCACUUCGCAGGCCACUCAGUCGCCGGGAGAUGUCGGCCAGGCGGUGGAUGGACUCGCAGGACUUGUGGGCGAUGAUGGGCAUCGCAUCAAAAUACUCUCGCAGACGCAAAUACUCCCCAAGAAGCGUCCGCACGCCCAAAUGGUGGCUGCUGCAGCCGCGGCGGAAUCCGCACCUUCGUCGUCGGUGAUCCAGCAGCCCGGGGAUCAAACCUCCUUCCGGCCAUACGCCCAGCAGCAACAGCAGGCGCAACAGCAACAGCAGCAACAAUCGAUGAGCGGUCAGCACUUUGUGCAGCAGCAUUGCGCCCAACUGACAGCUGGAGCGGGUCAAGACCCCUUGAGUGUGCCGCCGCGUCGGGAGCAAUGCUCCCGCAAGGCCAAGCAGAGCAGCAUGCACGCCAUGCUAAUGAAUUCCAGUGCCGUCGCUGGCGACACUGGAGUCGUCGGCGAGCCGGAGGAGUUCACCGACUCGGAUACGGAUCCCGUGUGGACUCCGCAGGAGGAAGACAGCGAUGACGGCAAGGGCUAUGGAAAGCGCAAGUUAGCUCGCCGGUCAAAGGGCACACCCCGCAAGAACACUUACGACCAUCCCUCAGAUCUGCAACAACCACAACAACAGCAACAACACCACCAGCAACUGCAGCAGAUGCAAGUUAGCCAGCAACACCAUCAGCAGCAACAACAGCAGCAGCAGCAACAGGUGCAACAACUGGCCAGUGGCAGCGAAUCUGGCUAUAAUUCGCAGCAGAACAUGUCCGGAGUGGCGGAUGUGGGAUAUGCCAGUGCAUCAUCGGGCACAGCUGCCAACUCGGAGAACUUUAAAACGGGCGACUUCAUAGUUCUUCGAUCGGAUCUUGUGAACGACUGGCCCACCAUUUGGCAGGUGGACUCAAAGUGCAUUUUGCAGAAGUACGAGCCCUUCCGCCAAAACGGAAAAACCUUCUAUCGUAACAUGUCAAAGUAUGCCUCUUGGAAUCUCGAAACCAAGAAACUCUACCUCAAAGCACCGGUGCGCAUUCAGCUGCAUUCCCACACCGAGACAAUUGUCGAGUUCAUGCGAUCUGAGCUGCUGGCCGAUGAUACCGAGCAAUUUAUUGAGAAGAUCAUGGAGGACUAUCUGUCGUAUAGGGACAAUUUUGAGAUCUACAUUCAGACCAUGAUUUCGCAAGCCCUCGAUCCAAGCUUCUUUUCGGAAAUAACGCGGGAGAAGGACGACUACUUUUUGGGCAGCGUGCGGGUGGUGGACAACAUCAUGGAAAAUUGCAAGCGCAAGCUGCUGGCCAUCACUCCUUGGACGCGGAGUACAAUCUCCUCCAUUGAGACGUGGCCCAAGUGCCAUGUGUUCUCCGAGUGGGAACAAAACAAUCUAACCCAAAAGAAUUGCGCCGGUUGCCACCAACCAGGCAUCGCUGUGCGUUUCCUACUCUUCGGAGAACCAUAUAAUCCAAACACCAUGCAGACCAUACCCGUGGAUCCGCGUAUAGUUUACGAGAAGGACAUUGUCUUGUGCCGCAUUUGUGCCGCUCGUGCAGAUCUCUUCCACAAGAUAGCACACGAAAAGUACAAUCUGUUUAUUAACUGCUCGCAACGGGUGACGGAGCAGCAGCAACAGUUCCCUGGCAAGACGUCAACAGAAAUAUUGAACGAUCUGCUGGCCGAGCACAAUUGGAUCGAUGAGCUCUUCCGCAACAUGCGCAACUGCUGGGCUGAGGUGGAGAGUCUGGAGCGGCAGAAGCGUUUCCGCGAGGUCAUGCAGUAAAAGCCAUUAUCAUCGGGAGCCAUUAAUCAAGGAAGACUCCUGAUCGCGUAUCCAAGUGCUGGACAUUAGGACAUAACACGCCAAGCCCACGUAUUGCUGCAAUAAACUCAAUGAGUUGUUAUUUUAUUAUACACCAGAUGACACGCAAAUGCUUAGUUUUAGUGCAAGACACAUAUUGUACUAUGUAGGCCUUAAGAUUAAGAUAAAGUCUAUUCUUGGACUAAGCAUAGUACAUGCCAUGUAAAUAGCUAUACAUAUAGCUAUAGCCGCGCAUUAUAUCAUAUAUAUACGGAAUAUGAAGUACUAAAUAACAGAGUAGUACCACACUCAUUAGUUUGAAAAAGUAAAUUUUCUAUGCGUUGAAAUAGCUUAAACAUUCUUUUAAAAAGUUCAAAUUAAGAUUUAUCUGGUAGGAUCUUUAAAUAAGAUCAUUCUCCCCAAAAUCCCGCAAACAAUCAAAUUGUGUUUCGCUACCGAAUGUGGCUAGGGAACAUUAAUCAUCACUAUAUUUAAGAGUUGUACAUAUUUAGUUUUAGCCUUAGUUACACAAAUCCAAUUGCAAACAUUUCAGUUAACAUCCUUUGUUUUGCGAAUUUUAUAUAAGUUGUGAAUUUUUAGUAUCUUAGAGUUCCCUGAAUAAAUAUGGAAGAAAAUCACA